AUGUCGCUCCACAGUCCACCUGCCUUUACCAUCUUUAUAAAGUGUCCAUCUGGGAACUUUGCGCUCGUCAUCAAUGGAAGUUCAUCCAUCCAGAAUAUCUUAGAAAUUCUAAGACAGAAAGUCUCCGGCAGACAGGAUGCUUGCGGUAUCUUUUCAAGUCCAUUCCAUUUGUACAUGCCUGGCAGAUGGCUUCCUUUAUCCGCCAUGGAGAUGCUGGAUGCUCUGAACGUGAGCGACCUUUCAACUUUACAUUUCCAAUCACUGCUUCUAGGGGGUGCCAGCCCAGUUGAUCCGGUCGAUCUUACCUUCGCACUAGAUGAUAGUUCCGAUCAUUGCGAAUACCAACGUUGCAAAAAUCACAAAGCGAACGGUGAUCCAUACAAGUUUCAGCCAGGGGAGGAAAAGUUUCAAAUGAAGGCAUGUUUGCGCAAGGAUGGGCCUGCUACGUUGAGGAACCUGGGGACUGAGACCCUGACCUUGACGACUUGUAAAUCCUGUGCUGCGCUUGCAUCAAAGAAAAAAGCUGCAUCACAGCGCACAAGACAUCUAUCGAAGAAAGAUGGAGUGGUGUCAUCCUCCCGUCAGAUGGCACCACCACCCAUUCCAACGAUUCCAGGAAUUCACCUGCUCGAAGUAGCCGAUGCUAUUCUGAAAGUCAUUGUGUCCAUCCCAAACACCCUUUCAAUUGAUGAAAGUGUCAAGAAGGCCAAAGCAAAAGGAGCUGCGCCGGAAUCGAGGUUGCCAGUCGUGAUAUCAUCGUUGCUGAACAAAAAUGCCCUUAAAACCGGUUAUUCACCUGCUCAUUAUCUCUACAAUUCCGAGAAGGACAAGUUUCGCAAGAUCGCAGUAGAAGGUCAAGGCAUACUUGCAAAGGUCUUUGUUCAGGUCAAAAGGGAAAACGGGACAAAGAAAGGCAUCUCCUUCCACAACGUACAACGUGGUGUCUCCUUUCCUCCUCCGACUCCCCAUGCUGAAGUCGUGCAAUGCGUGCUCGAAAGCCUGCUUGUUUUAGUACAAGCCCAUCACAAAGUGAAGGGCUUCAAGUUCACUACUGACGAUUUCUUCGUUGUCGACUCUGGGUGGAUACCCGUUCUGGAAGGAGAUUUAACGCAACCAACAGAGUUGUUUUAUAAAGGUAUAACCAAAGGGCUCUCAAAGAAGGGCACACCAGUCGGAGGCUUGAAAUAUUCUCAGGGAGCCCCUGAGAACUGGUAUAUGGUACUCAACCCUGCAGCGGCUGAAAGAUAUGAUGAAUGGGAGGCUGGUGAUACUCCAAAGUCAUCCCCUGUCAAGAAUGGAAAAGGGAAGAAGCGCGAAGAACCAGAACUUGAUUCAGAUAUAGAUGACCUUUCGGAUAUCAAUUAUGUUUCAAUUUUUUCCGGACCACCUCAGUCGACCAUCUCAGCAAAUAGUGAACAGUCAUGUUCCUCAAAACAGGCGCACCUCCUACGGACGUUCCCAGCAGCAAACUGCACCAAAUGGUUUGACAUGAUUCCGGACAUUAUUGACACCGGUGGAACUUACCUUGAGAGCAGCUUCGAUCCUGGUUUACCAGAACGGGCGGUUGAGAUUUGUUUGAUCCCUCAACUCAUUUCUGGACUUCUCAGCAGCCCUCAAUUCACCUUCACUUCGCAGUUACAGGGACACAUUUAUGUCGACUGGGUGGAGAGCAAAGAACAACGACUCGGAUCCAGCUCUUUCAAAACGGCUCACUUUGGGCUGCUAAAGGUUGGAAUGAACCUAGAGGGUGUUGAUGUUCCGGCAGCGCUGCAGGGAAAAGUCUGUAUCAAGCAGACGUAUUUCAGCCUCAUGACUAGGCAAGGGGUGCAGCAGAUGACUGAUGAUGUUGAACGUAUGGCUGUCUUACAGGAAGCGAAUACUUUGGUCUGGGCGAAUGCCAUUCAUGACAUGAGCAUUGCAUUGGUCCAUGCCAAAGUGUCAUCCUACGGGCCACUGCCUGGACUGAUCCCGGACCUUCGCUUUGUUGAGGCAGCAGUCAUGCUGACUUCCCGUCCAGAAUCGGUCAAGCUAAAGGAUUGGUGGGGUUUUUGUGUCCUGGUGGAACGACUCCUAGAUUCUGACGACUUCGUCAAGUAUGUAUCGAAUGGUGCCCCCGAACUGGUCGAAGAUGUUUCCAAAGAUCAUCUUGCCAUCGCCACAUUUUUAUGCUUCCUGCAGCACCUCCAAUACUCUCAGACAUUGGGAAAGUGUUUUAUCUCGGAUUAUCAAGGCACUGGAAAAUGGUUGACAGACCCCCAAGUCAUGGCGAAAUCUGUUGUUCUGGGAUGGCAACUCUUUGGUGAAGGAAACGUGGAUGGUUCCCUCGAGCAAUUCCCGCAAAGGCACCAUUGUAAUGAGUGGUGCACUUGGUUCUGCUUACAAGAGUUUUGA